UGACCAAACGGGACGUUACCAUCCUCCCUCCCAACAUCUGCUUGAAGAAGAUGGUGCUUCCCGGCAUGCCUUGCAAACUCGUACUGUCAAGAUGGCGGCCGCCGGUCGACAUUUCCACAUCAUCGCCGCGAUUUUCCUGUCCGCAGCCUCCUACUCGGCUCCUCUGGAGGGGGUACCCAACAAGAUAGAUCCCAGGGCGUGCGACAAGUCCGAUGAGUCCCAGAAGAACGCCAUGGCUCUCCCCGUGACGCUAUACGAGCCCAUAGGGGCGGUGUUUGGGGGGUGCCGGGUGUGGGCAGGGCACAUCCCGCCCAACUCCUAUCUCGGACUGGGGCUCGGGGAGGUCGCCAGGGAGUGCGAACAAGGCAGCUUGUCCACCAUAUCCGGCCUGUGCUCCCUCCUGGGGAAGAAUGGCGCGACCCAGGACACCUGCCAGCGCGACCAGGAGUCCCCGGCAGCCAGCAUGCUCAGGGAGUAUGCUGCCGUGCUGUUGGACAAGGGACUGGUGCCCCUGGUCAGCUCUGGGGACUCACAGCUGGAUGCAGAAAUAGCUUUUGGUAUCGUGCUUGCGAACACUGGGUCCCCGGAUGAGUCCAUACAGCAUUUCUCAGCCUUUCUAAAGGAUCACCCUGAUGUUAUAGCAGCGUAUCAUGGACGAGGGUCGGCGUACGCUCGGAAAGGUUUGCAGUAUAAGAUCAAUGCAGAACUGGCGCUGGCAGACUUCACCAAAGCCAUCGAGCUGGACAGAAAACUGGCCGAGAGCUACGAGAGAAGAGCGGAGAUCUUGUCCCCCAUUGGAAGAGGCAGAGACGCCAUCGUGGAUCUGGAUAUCGCCAUCAACUUAGAACCAACGGCCAGACGCUUCUUCAGGAGGGGCACCCUCAACUUCCUACGGGAGCACUACACGUCAGCCCAGGCAGACUUUAAGAAAUCUCUGGAGAAGGACAGCAACCAGCCAAACGUUUUACACUUCCUUGGCCUGGCUGUCUUCCACCGAGGGGCUUUAAGGGAAGCUGCCAAGAUCUUUGAGAACGUCAUCAAGGCCAACCCUGAGUACGUGGAGGCAAUAAGGAAUCUUGGGCAGGUGUACAGAGAGCUGGGUGACUAUGAGAAGGCCAUGGAGCAGUUCAACACGGCGCUGAUUUUAGACGACAAACACGUCCAGGGCUACCAGUUCCGUGGAUCGCUCUACUACCACAGCGGCCGCCCGUUCGACGCGUUACGCAACUUUAAAAAAUGUCUGGCCUUGGAGCCGCACAACGAGCCGUGUCAGUACAUGACUGGCCUGUCCAACUCUGCCAUUGGUCGCUUCUAUCAUGGCAUCAAGGCACAGACUAAGGUUAUGCUGAACGAGCCGAUUCCAGGGCAGAAGGUGUCACAGGAGUACCAGAAAGUUUACUACUUAAGAGAAUACUCCAGAUACACCCACGCGCACCUUGAGGUUCCAGCCAGGGAGUUCAGUCUCGAUGCAGACCUGAAUGGAGACUUCAAAGACAGAUGGGCAAAAAACUUAAUUUUUACUGUGGAGAAUUAUACAGAGCAGCCAGGACUACAGCCUCAAAUAAGCGAUGUCGUCACGCCGGACUUCUCCUCCUACACGCCCGAGGUACAGAGGAUGGUCUGCAGAGCCUACUCCUUGGGACAACUCAUGCAGUUUACGGUGGACGGGUACCUCCCGAACGUGCGCGUGCACGCUGCCAUGGGCCUGGCCGCUCUGGAGGUCAUGCAGACAGCUCAGGCCUUCUGGAAGGCGCCUAAGACUUUUAAAACGCCGAUGGGUAAAAAGUUCCACUGGCGAGACAUUUUUGAUACAGCAGUCAAGUGGAGAAGACUAAUAGACCCCGAGCAGCCUGUGUUGUGGUUAGACUUGAUGCCGGCAAAAAGCGUGGAUGCAGGCUUCAACAACUUCAUGAACAUGAUCAGAGGACAGGUGACAAACAUACGAUAUAGCGGCUACCUGGACACGACCUUCAAACUCACCAAACAGAUGGUCAUGCACUACCAGGAUAAACUGGCACAACUUGCAGCGGCGACGGCUGCCACAGGAGCGCAGAUUAAACUACCGCCAAACCUGCCUCACCCCAACCUGAAGGCAGAGAUCAGCAAGACACAAAACUGCGAGGAGCUCUUAGAGGUCAUGAAGCAGAAAAGUGGCAGCAGCACGCAGAACGGCUUCAUGGUGGGAACGCACGUCCCCAGCCUCAAGGACAAGAAACGCAACAAGAACUACGAUGGGCUCAUGCUCACGCUCAGCGGAGACACGGAAGGAAACAUUCUGUUCUCCAUGGACACGGCCACCACAAAAACCCGCACCAGCCAGUACCACUCGGAGAUGGAGUGGAUCUGGAACCGCAUCACUGACGAGGUCAAGAAGGGCGGAAACGGAAUGGGUUGGACACCCCCAGAUGGAAGUGGACUGGCCCCAGGUGGAAGCAAACAGGACGUCGACACUCUUGUCAACACCAUCCUGUACCUGGUCUACUACUUCUACAACCUCCUGCCCUUGUCACGAGGAUCCAGUGUUGUAGCGUACACCGUUGCCAUGGGGAUGCUGAUGGCGCUUGGGAAGGAGGUCACAGGGAAAAUUCCACCUGGGAAGAUGGUGGACAUGGAAGCCAUGCUGACGGGCAGUCCAGAAUCUUUUGCAAAUGAAGUUAAAGACUGGAUGAAUCUAAAAAGGCUGUCCCCCCAGUGGACGCACCUCCCCAAGGUCAGCGACACGUUUCCGACGUUCCGGUCGAUGAUCGAGGUGUUGAACCAAGACCUUCAGACGGCAUGUAGCAAGGAGGGGAACCCCCACUGAGCCGCCCCCCUCCCCCCUGAGUCGCCGCCCCCCUCCCCCCUCCAGUCUUUGUGUCUAUGCAAUAGCAUGUUUGCAUGGCUGUAUUACUGUGCCCACCCGUGGGGGUGGAACCAAGGUGUAGGUGCAUGCUGCUGUAUGGGGUCUCUCUUUCUCUCUCUCUUAUUCUCUCACUCACUCACUCAUCAUCUCUCAUUGUCAGUCUCUCUUCCACUCUUUCUUUCUUACACUCUUUCACUUCCACUGUCAUUCACUCACUCACUCCCAGUGUCAGUCUCUUUCUCCCUUUCCCUUCCUCUCUGUCAAUACUGUAAUUCACUUUGUCUUCUUGAUACCAAACUUUCAUGGUCUGAGAAAAUCUAACUUGUUCUCAGAACUAAAUGUUCACUGUGAACGAAUCAAUAGUUAUUGUCACUAUUGACAAAUUAUUUGUUAUCGGUAAUGAUAAGUUCACGUUACAGUUGUCACCGUGAAAACCGUGAACAU